GCCGCUGCCCAGCGCGGCCCUGUUCGACGUCGACCAGCUGCUCACCCGCCGUGUCUCUGUUCGGCGCUCCGGCUCUUACGACAGGGAAGCCGUUCAGUGGAGAGAUAGUUCGGAUAUUUCGAGCACAAACGCAGUAGGAGAUGCUUCCAAUUCUCAGGCGGAGUCGGACCGGUCCGCCGCCCCGGGCGGGUCCAGGGGUGUGCGUCCCGCCGCCGACCCCCGCGCGGCGGUGCUCCGACCGGCCGACUGGCUGCCGCUGCUGCUCGACGUUUACGGCGCGGCGCCAGGCACUGCGGUGCGCCAUGUCUGUCUCCGCGCCACCCUGCGCUGCGUUAGCGCCGCAGAGCCAGAGGCACUGAAGGGCGUGCUGAACAUGCAGGAGCUGUCGGUGCAGCUGGCCAGUCUGCUGCCCUCGCCGGACGUGAAGCUGGCCGUGCCGGCGCUGCAGCUGGCAGAGACGCUGAUGCAGAAGCUGCCCGAUCUCUGUACCAGCCACUUCAGACGCGAAGGCGUGCUUCACCACAUCAGUCGUCUGGCUGUGGACGGCGACCCUCUGGACGAGACAGACCCGAAGGGGAACGGCCAGACUGCUGACACCACUGCUGACCUGAGUCUCAGGGACGCACUGAAGAGGAGGAGAUCUUCCCGACGGGGAGCCCUCGGCUGUCAGAGACACAGCCUGGACCAGACGACCGCCGGCUCCGCGUCCGCAUCUCCGUCACAUACAGGGGGUGCGGCCCGCGCGCUGGCCGCCGGAGGCCGCAGUCGGUCGGUCGGCGGAGCCGGGGCACCCAGUCGUCUGCAGACCUCCCUCCUGGCCAGUCUGAGUCCGGCUCGGUGGGGCCGCGCCAGUUCCAGCUCACCGCACGGAUCUCACCGAAACUCACUCACCGAGGCCGGCGCGGCGCGGGAGGAGCGGGCGCGCAGCUGGCUGCGGCGGCAGGCGCGUCUGUUCCUGGAGCGGCACCUGGCCACGGCGGCCGGCGGCCACUGCGCCGCUCUGGCGCUGCUGGAGAGCGCGCUGCGGCAGCUGGCGGCGGCGCCGGACCGCGGCCUGGCCGACCCGCUGCGGCAGCUGGCCGCCCUGCUGCUGGCCGCCGAUCUGUCGCCGUUCGAGCUGCUCCAGGCGGGCCUGGUGCCGCGGCUGACCGAGCUGCUGACCGCCGGGCCGGCCGGCGCGCGCCGACACCGCCUGCGCGCCUUCCUGCACGCGCUGGCCGGAGCGCCGGCGGCGGACCGGCCGCAGCAGGCGUGGGUGCCCUCGGCGGAGAAGGCCGCCCCGCUGGCGGCGCUGGUGACCAAGCUGAACGCCUGCGUGGCCCAGCAGGAGCAGCUGCCGGUAAAGUCGUACGAUGUCACUGACGGAGUGUCUGGCCACGGAGCGCUGCGCUACUUCACCGAGCAUCAGCUCAAGGUGGAGCUGCGCCGCGCGCCGGACGGCGGCGCUCUGCGCCAGUGGCGUCACGGGCCCGUCAAGGUGGAUCCGCUGGCCCCGCUGCAGGCCAUCGAGCGUUACCUGGUGAUCCGCGGCUACGGGCGCAGCUCGUCCCGCACCGGCCGCUGGUCGGACGAUAGUGGCUCGGACGAGGACGUCGAGGACGCUUUGGUGGCGGCCAGCCUCAGCCACAGCGGGACGCACCGUCUGCAGUUCCUGAUGGGCGGCCGACCGCUGCCCUACGACAUCACCGUCUUCCAGGCGGUGGAGCAGUACGGACCGCGCUCUCAGGACGAGGACGGGGACGUGAGCGCCUCGCAGCUCUUCCAGAAGACGCACACCAUCUACUACAGACAGGCUCCGAUCUCCAUCAGUAACGGUGGAACCUCCAGCAGCAGCCGGCGCCAGGAGACCCGUCCGGCGUCCGGCGGCGAGUCGCUCUGGGCCACCGGCUCAGCGCCCGUCCCCGACUGCCCUCUGGUGACCGGUCUGAAACCACAGCUUCCAGAGUCGGUCACCGUGGCCGACCCGAGCCUGGCGACCGUCAACCUCCUCCGCCUGCUGCACUGCCUGAGUCGCCACUACGGCGGCCUCUACCAGCUGGUGGCCAGCCCGCCGCUGCUCGGCGAUCAGGUGUUUGUAAACGCUCAGCUGACUGCCAAGGCUGAGCGGCAGCUGUUUGACCCGCUGAUUCUGAUGGCGGGAAGCACACCACCCUGGAUUCUCCAGCUGGGACUGACUUGCCCGUUCCUGUUUCCGUUCGCGGUGCGGCGCCAGCUGUUCUUCUCGGCCACGUUCGAGCGGGACCGGGCUCUGAGCCGCCUCCUGGAGGUGGUGCCGUCUGCGGCCGGCUCCGGCUCCGAGCGGCGGCUGGCCCCGCGGCUGGAGCGGCGCCGGCGCACUGUCAGCCGCCGCCAGCCGGCCCGACAGGCCGAGACGCUACUCUCAGAGCUGGCCGGCUCGCCGGCGCUGCUGGAACUCCAGUACCGCGACGAGCCCGGCUCCGGACUGGGACCCACGCUGGAGUUUUACGCGCAGGUCUGCUCCGAUGUGCAGCGAGUUGAGCUCGGCCUGUGGCGCAGAGACCAGCGCACUGCUCACACGGCGGAAUCAUCAGGAAGGUCUGAGGGCGCCCCGGUACCGGCCCCUGCCACAGCCGCCGGGCCGGCAGGGCCGGAGUACGUGUUCGCUCCGCACGGACUGUAUCCGGCGCCGAUCGGACGAACGGAGAAGAACACCUCUGUCACACGGCUCAGGACGAAAUUCACAUUCCUCGGUCGUCUGAUGGCCAAGGCUCUGGCCGACGGUCGUCUACUGGACAUGUCGCUCUCGGUGCCGUUCUACCAGUGGCUGCUGCGCCGGGAGCGCACCAUGUCCCUCACCGACCUGCACCAGCUGGACGGCACGCUGGCGACGUCCGUGGCGCGGCUGGCCAACGCGGCGCGCCGCCGCCGCGCGCUGGAGACGGACGCGGCGCUCAGUGACGAGCAGCGGCGCGCCGCGCUGGCCGCGCUCACCGUGGACGGGUGUGCGGUGGAGCAGCUGGGACUGGACUUUACGCUGCCCGGGUACCCGGACAUUGAGCUGAGGAGGGGAGGACGGGCCGAGCCGGUCACUGCCGCCAACCUGGAGCAGUAUGUCAAGCUGCUGACCCACUGGAUCCUGAUCGAGGGCGUUCAUAAGCAGAUGGAGGCGUUCAGAGAAGGAUUCGAAUCGGUAGCGCCGCUGGACAAUCUGGCCAUGUUUCAACCGGAGGAGCUGGAUCAGCUGUUCUGCGGUACUCAGGACGCACUGUGGGACCGCCAGUCGCUCGCCGAGGCGUUCCGUCCUGACCACGGCUACACUGCCGACUCGGCCCCGUUCCGGCACCUGGUGACGGUUCUGUCGGAGCUGGACCCCCGUCAGAGGCGGCAGUUCCUCAGCUUCGCCACCGGGUCGCCGCGGCUGCCCGUCGGAGGGUUCCGUGCGCUGACGCCGCCUCUGACGGUCGUCCGGAAGGCCGUGGAGCCGGGUCACAGCCCCGACACCUACCUCCCUUCGGUGAUGACCUGCGUCAACUACCUGAAGCUGCCCGAGUACUCGAGUGUCGAGGUUACGCGCCGACAGCUGACCCUGGCCAUCAGUGAGGGACAGCUCAGCUUCAUGCUGUCCUAGGAUUGGAGACCUAGACUCUCUGAAUGAUGAAGAAACUGUACUGACUCUUGAGGGACGUUUGGUGACGUAGGUUUUUGACAGAAUGACUGUUCAACUUUUUAAGUUUGGUGGACCAGCGGAGUGGCUAGGAGGACGUCUUGAAAACGGUCACAUCGUGAAGUACAGCGAUCAUGGGCAUUCAAUGAUGGCCUUAGACAAUAGACAUAGCGAGUUUUGAUACAUAAGUCUGUAGUAUUUUGAAUUAAGUCGUAGUGAUCGAGACGUUUGGAAUACAUCUAUGACUGUAUAACUGUAUAGCCUGAUGGGUUAGAAAUUAAUCAAAUUAGUGAAUUGUGCGAUUGAAAGCAGACAGCACUGGAGUGACUGGCUACUUAGCAUUUGCUUCGUGUCUUGUGCUAGUCUACAUAUGUCAUCCCGUCUUCUUUUUAGUACCAAAAACAACAUUAAAUUAAAAAAUAGCAAAUGAAUGACACUGAGGACUGGGUGUCCUAAAUUUACUACGAAAUCAAAACCACUUACCUACGUAUCCUAUACGACGGUGACAUAAUUAAUUGUAAUGCAUAAAUUAAACUAUACGUAACUUUUAUACGAUAAGUGAUAAAGUUUAUAUAAUAAAGUAAUUUAGCUAACAUUGAUGGUAAGAUUCAUGACAUCCAUGCCCAUGGUCUGUUCUUUAUUUUAGCUGGACUUAAUUGCAUACCUAUAAUUGUGUCAUUGCGAUUCAUUAAAAACAGGUCGUUUUGACCAUUCACUUGUUUGCUGGCAAGUAACCAGUGACUCAUAUGCUGUUAAAUGCUUAGAACGGUGGCAUUGUUGUAAGAUGCAUACGUCAACUAUGCUGUAUGGAUGCUAAAAGUGAAUGGGAGCGCAUUCAUCAGCAAGAAGGCAUUUUUGCUUUUUCGUAACUAGCUUAGAAAAUCGGUAAUAGCAUUUGUACUGCGGUAGUAAUUUUUACAAUGGACAUUUGUACGUUUCCAACAUUUCCACUUUAUAAAAGCGGUGUAUAGCACCAAGUGACUGUGUGCCGAAUGUAAACCCGCUCCUGGAAUCCAAGAAUCCGAGUCCGGAUCGCUCGGGUCACUGCAACGCUGUAGCUGCUGGAAUCAAUGUGUAGCGCAGCGCAUAUGUAAUAUCUCACACUCCGUAGAAUCACUGCCGUGAAACAGGGUAUACGGAUUACUCGAGAUGCUCACGCAAAGAAUCUGAUGUUUUGUUGGAAUACAUGUGAUAGAA